AAGAAACGAUGAGAUCUAUCUCCAAGCCAUUUUGGAGAAAAGACUACGGACGGUAAUGGAGCAAUAAAUCAGACUGGUCAUUCUUUGUGCUUUGUAUGUAACCCCGCCAUUCCGGGUCGAGCAGAACGGGCCUCUCUACCCCGCCGUCGUGAGAUGGCUCCUCUCUCCGGCCAACGAGCUGUUGGCUACGUCGAGCGGUUCGUCAGCGGGAUAUCUGCACUCAUCACCAAAUCUGGCGUUAAACGGUGCAAGUAAGCUGCACGCACGUCUGUAAUCACCUGUCACAGCAUUUGUAAAUCGGGCCGCUGGCUCACUAGUUGUCUGGCUGGCUGGCUCAUUGACUGAAAAGGGCUCCUAUCCUCGCACUACUGCAAGAUUGCCCUACUCGCCCAACUGCAUCUUGGCUUCAAAUGGUAGAUAAGAAGGACAUUGACCGCCAGUGUUCUUGGCUGAUUCCUCUACACUUGACCCCCUCGAACCGGAGCACCGGUCUUCAUACAAUCCCAACAUGGCGCCGCAUCCUUUGACAGCGUUGUCCCGAGACGAGUUCAAGACGGCGCGAAACAUCGUGACGAACCUAUACGGCUCCGAUUCUACUCUCUUUUAUCGGGCGAUCUUCCUGCAGGAGCCCAAAAAGGCCGAUUUGGUGCCGUUCCUCCAAGCCGAGCACGCAGGAACCAUCACAGACGAGACGCCGCGACCUCCACGCCUGGCGAGGCUUCAGUACGAUGUCAUCAGGACUACCAGUAAGUUGCCCGAGCACACCCAGUCCGUCGUGGACUUGGGUUCGGGCAAAGAAGUCGAUAGGACCGUCGCUGGGCCGCAUUCCCACCCCGGUUAUCUCCCCGACGAAUUCGCGCUUUUCCAAGACGCCUGCGUGGCAUCCCAGCUCUUCAAAGACGCCAUGGCCGAGUUCUCCCUCCCGGAAGGCUUCGCCGUCACCAUAGACCCGUGGCCAUACGGCGGCCCGGACGAAGGCGAGGACAUCCCGUCGUAUAUGCAGGGCCUCGUCUUCGCGCGCGACGCCUCCAAGGAGAACCUCGACUCAAACCACUACGGCUACCCGAUCCCGAUUAUCCCCGUCAUGGAUUUCACCACCAAGGAGAUUGUUCGCAUCGACCGCCUCGCUACGGGCGGCGCCGGCGACGGCCUUAACCCCCGGCCGCCGUCCUCCAAACCGAGGUCUUUAUUCGUCGACGCCAGAUCUUCUGCCUCCUCCGAGUACGUUCCCGAGCUCCUCGACAUGCCACAGCGCGCGGACCUCAAGCCCAUCAACAUCACCCAGCCCGAGGGCGCCUCCUUCAGGGUCCACGCCGACAACCUCGUCGAGUGGCAGAAGUGGCGGUUCCGGCUCGGCUUCACGCCGCGCGAGGGCGCCGUCCUGCACGACCUCUGUUACGAUGGCCGCCCUGUGCUCUACCGCCUCAGCUACAGCGAGCUGACGGUGCCGUACGGCGACCCGCGGCCGCCGUUCCAGCGCAAGCAGGCUUUCGACCUCGGCGACGGCGGCUUCGGCCGCGUCGCCAACAAUCUCGAGCUCGGCUGCGAUUGCCUCGGCGCCAUUCACUAUCUCGACGCGCUGCUGGCCGACACGGAGGGCAACCCGACGAUCGCCAAGGCCGUCGCGUGCCUGCACGAGCAGGACAACGGCAUCGGGUGGAAGCACACCAACUUCCGCACGAACCGCGCCAUCGUCACGAGGCUGCGCGAGUUCGUUGUGCAGUGCGUCGUCACGCUGGCCAACUACGAGUACGUUUUCGCCUACAAGCUCGACACGGCGGGCGGCAUCACGCUUGAGACGCGCGCGACGGGCGUCAUGAGCGUCGUGGCCGUGGACGAGGGCGCCGCGGCAUCCGACUACGGCGCCGUCGUCGCGCCCGGCGUGUUGGCGCAGAACCACCAGCACAUCUUCGCCGUGCGCAUCGACCCGGCCGUCGACUCGUACGAGGCCGGGGCCACGCGCGUCGUCGUCGAGGAGAGCGUUCCCGUGCCCCUCGACGUUUCGACGAACCCGCACGGCAACUACUACGAGGUCCGCAAGUCGGUAGUCGAGAGGGCGCGCUGGAUCGACGCGGAGCCGCGGCUGAACCGGGUUGUCAAGUUUGAGAACACGACGAAGCGCAACGCCGUGUCCGGACGCAACGUCGGGUUCAAACUGACGCCGUCGGCGUCGCAGCUGCUGCUGGCGGACGAGCGGAGCCAGGUGUCCCGGAGGGCCAAGUUCGCGCGGCACCACGUCUGGGUCACGGGGUACCGCGACGAUGAGCUCUGGGCGGCAGGAGAGUUUACGAACCAGAGCAUCGAGGAGGUCGGCGGGGUGUGGGACAUGGUCGCAAGGGGGGACUGGUUCGGUGAUGGCGGCGGCGAUGGUGGUCAUGGAGAGAACGGAGAGACUGGUGAUGGUGGCGAGGGGAAAAGGAGCAGUCCCGUUGUCUGGAGCGUGUUCGGGUUGACGCAUAACCCGCGCGUCGAGGACUGGCCCGUGAUGCCCGUCGAGAUCCACCACAUGAACAUCCGCCCCGCCGACUUCUUCACAGCAAACCCGGCACUUGACGUGCCGAGCACACGGAACACGGCGAGCGUUAUUGUCCCGUGUUGCGGGCGGCAGAAGACGGACUCGGGUAACGGGGCGGACGGGGAUGGCGGGGAUGAGCAAAGGGUACAGAGGGCGGCAUUGACGCAUCUCCAGGGGCCGGGCCCGGAUAUCCCGGCGCGCGAGGCGGGCGCGCACGUCGAGGGGAGGGGAUGAGGAGAUGAGAAACCGGACGUGGAGUUGGUUGUGUGGGGACUGGGAAGCAGUAUGAAUGUAAACAGAUGGUCCUGGAAGCACAAUGCUUGUUUUCUUUUUUUUUUAUCCAU